AUGGAGGCGGUGCUGCGCACGCUCGACGUCGUGGUGGACGAGUCGUUUCCGGACGGCGGCGACUACGCGGGCUACAGUGUCGCCAGCUUCCGGCGGCGCUUCCGGCUGUCCGACGGCGUGGCCUACCCCUUCCUCGAGAACAGGCGCCUCUACCGCACCGACCGCCGCCUCUCCGUCGCCGACGGGACGCAGGGCUCCGACUGUUCCGAGCCCCUCGCGAUCGCGCUGGCGCUGCUCGCCGUUGGGCUGGCGGCGCUGCUGGCGCUGCUGCGCGGCAUCUCCACCCGUGCGGGCAAGGCCCCCUCCCAAGGGCUGCAGCUCGCCGAGCACUCCGGCGGGGCGGCUGCGCCUCGGCUGGCCUCCCGCGGCAUCCGCGAGUACGUCACGCCGGCUGGGCUGGCGCUCGGCACCUCGGCGCCGCAGGUGGGAUUUCACACUGAGGGGAAACAGAGUGAGGACUUUUCCCUUUUUCGCAUGGAGUUUACUUGGAGCACUUGGACUUGGAGCACUUGGAGCACUUGGAGUUCCACUGCUUUUUUUGGGCACGCGGCGGCGAGUCCUGGUCCCGUCGCUGGGCGCACAAACACAUGA